CAUAUCUAAAGAGUGUUUAAGAACAGUUUGAGGAAAGUAAUUAUAUUUGGAUUAUACAUGAAGUUACAGAGAACACAUUGGACUAAUUAAAACAAUAGUGUGGACAUUAGCUACAAGGAAAUUAGCAAGAAAAAGUUCUGAGUUUUAACAAAGGAAAAUUUUUUUUUUUUUUUGAAUUUUUUGGAAAAACUUUUGAAAAGCAUAAGAUAAACAUAUAAGAGGACAAUAUGGAAACAAUAACCUGGAAUAAAUCUUUAUGUUAAUGACAGAAGGAAAUUUAAGAAAAUAUAAUUUAGGAAGUAUAUAUAGUGAGCAAAAUAUACAUGAAAAAAUGUGUAAAGCCUACAGGGAGUGAAUGGAACAGCCAUUCCAUUGUUUUUCAUAAUUGGAGAGGAGUAAAUGGAACAGCCAUUUAAUUACUUUAAGUAUCUAAAAAUUUGUAUAUAAACUGAGGGAGGUGAAUUGAAUAGCCAAAUAUACAAACAUACCUACAUAUUGAACUUGUAAACAUACCUAUAUAUUGAACUUGGAAGAAAGUGAAACUAUUUACAACAUUUGGAUAUAAUACAUAGUAUACAGGGUGAUCAUAAAUGUAUAUAAACUAACUUAUCUCUGAGAAAAAUGGCAGACCGAGAAACUCGACGUACAUGCACUAAAACAUUCUCAACACCUGAUGCCAAGGGCAAGAAUAGAAGGAAUACAAAGAAGCAAACAAUGAGAACUCUUAAGAAAAACCCAGAGACAUUGCAUGAGAAUUUUGAAUAUAAGGAUGUGGAAAACACAGGUGUACUUGUUUUAGAUGAUGAGUUUAUGAGUCUGGUAUUCUACACAGAAAGAACACUUUUGUGGUUAGAGGCUUUCAAGCAGUUCUAUCAGCGAAAAAGUAUGAAAACAACAAAAACACGGAUCAAAUAUGGAACUAAAAUAACCGUAUUAAAUCAUGUGACAGUGGAAAUUGGUGAUUCGGGCAUUAUCACUGUCUUUGGAGAAGAACUACAGGAUUGGAGAGACAAUGAUUUUGAUUUGAUCAAAGGUACAUUAAUUUCAUUGAAACGAACUCCUACCUCUGACUCAUACUCUACAUCUCUGCCAUCUACAUCAACACCAUGUAGAACAUCACCAGCACAGACGCAAGAGGAUAUUUUCAUUAGCCAGUCUGAGGAAAUAGACAUUGGUGAGGACAGCAUUAUCUUCUUCUUGGGUAAUGAUACUAUACCCAACACUCAAACUGACACUGAUGAACCCAUCCCAGAACCUUUAUCUCAGUCCCUUAUUCAGCCUACUGUUAUUCCAGAAACUCAGCCAGAUAUCAAAGAACCACUUUCUCAGAAUGAACCACAACCAGCAACAGUCAAAUUGUCAAAUAAAUCUCCUACUCAGACAGAAUCUACUUCAAAACCUGAAAACACGGGCAUAACACUAGAGUUACAAAGUGAAAACAAAAAACUUAGGACGAGGACUAUAUCUCUUGAAAAGAGACUUGAAGAGAAGUCUGUGGAACAUAGUCGACAAAUAAUUCAGCUGAAUGCCAAGUUGCAGGAUCUGCACUAUAGGCUUGAAGCAGCUGACAAGAAGAGUGAAGAUGACAUCAAGAUGGCAAAACAACUUCAUGAGCAAGAGAUGAGAGAUAUAGCAACUAAGCUAGAAUGCUAUGAGUUAAAUGAGAAGUGGCAAAUUACGACAAUACAGGGGUUAAAAGCAGAUCUUGCAACCCAACACAGAAAAAAUGUCGCUCUUAUAGAGAGAUUUCAACAGAUGGGUUGUCAUGAUUUCAAUCAGUCACUCCCACAAUCAAUGACACCCCCAACAGUUAUUCCAAAGGGACGACCAACUUCAAAGACCAGGACUUCCAAGACCUCUGUCACUAAGAAUACCUCAUUGCCUGUCAUAAAUACACCCCCAAACUCUGCUUCAAAGGGAUUACCCACCCAUGACAAAGAAGGUAUCUCACCAACUACCAACAAGAGACCCUCUAACAAAGCAGCUAAAGUUGCUCCAAAGAACCCCCCUAAGCCAACACCAAGGGAAUUCAACAAUGGUCACAAGCAGCUCCCUACUUCUGUCCAUAUAAUGUACUCUUCAAAUGGGAAGAAAUUGGCGGGUAUUAUGAAUGCUAGAUCAAAAGGGAAAAGCAUGAAUGUGACUUCAUCAGUAUAUAGUGGUGCUAACAUUGAAUAUGCAACCCGAGUCAUACAACAAGGUGACAUAGGUAGAUCAACAGAUCACAAAUUCCUCGGUUUUGGAACAAACAAUGUAAAAGAUGACUCUGCACAAACCAUUAUUUAUGAGUUAAAAAACCUUGCAAUGACAGCCAAAAACCAGCAUCCAACUUCUAAAAUAACCUUGUGUGGACUGCAUCACCGGGGAGAUCAUGCCAAACCACAAGAAGUCAAACAAAUGAAUAUCAAAAUUGACCAUGUCAAUGGAGAGAUGGAGUCUUUUGCCAUGAAAAAAGGCUUCCAUUUCAUUAAUAUCAACAGAAUAAAUGAUUCAACAUCACAGAACCCCAACAUGAACAUACUUUUUAACGACAAACUCCACUUUAAUCACACUGGAAGAACUCGGUUGGUAGAUGCGAUGUUGUCUAUCAUUAAUUCAACACACAACUCCUAUGCAGAUGCAGCAAGAAUUGGAAACCCUCACUACCCUCGAACUGGGCUCAAGUUAUAAACACUGAUCAGUGUGAUAGUAUCAUAGACACAGAAUGUAUGAGUGACUCUUGUAAUGAGAUUGAAUGCAAUGCUAUUCAUUUCCAUGAAUCAAAUCAUAUGAUGAUAAAUGAAGCCUCAUUAUAUAUAGAUAAUGAGACUGUAAAUAAUUCUGAUUCAAACCCUCACAAUAUGCAAUUGAACACCAAAUCAGGUCAGAUUUCCCAUAAUGUAGAUAGUAUUCAAUCUUCUAGUCCUGUAACAACACAGUUGAAUGCCAAG